CACCAGCCAGUCAGUCAGUCUCCGGUCCGUCGUUCGUCGUUCAUCAGCGUCCGUGAUCCGUUUUAAGUGUUAAGUAUUCUCGAAUAAGUUACGAGUGCGCGUGUAUUCGAUAUUGAACAAUGUCAAUUUGGUCGGUAGCCAACCGCACAAUUUAAUUAUACGAGUGUAUUGUUUACCGCCAUCGGUCAAAUGGGUUUGUUCAGCUAUCUGUUUUUUUGUUGAAUUGGCGGUUUAAAAAUUAUAAUAUGUCAUUAAAAAGUUUACCGAUUAUUGUUUUGUGCGUUUAUGCAGCUGUCGACUUUACACCGACCGUCGUCUCCAGCGUCUCUGACUCUGCAGAUCCUUGUUACGAUGGAGAUCGAGCCCGUCGAUGCGUACCGGAUUUUGUGAACGCCGCGUAUGGUGGACACGUGGAAGCGACAAGUACUUGCGGAGUCCGUGGCCCGGAACGAUAUUGUGAAUUGGGGCCCACGUCGCAAGGCGUGUGUCAUGUAUGUGAUGACAGCCAGCCCAAACGUCGUCAUCCUACCGCUUACUUGACCGACCCUAACAUACCGCACAAUGCGACCUGUUGGAGAUCCGAAACCUUAGUACCUCAGCCAGUUGACCCGGCAUCCUCUUUGCCGCCUCCCGACAAUGUCACCCUUACGUUAUCGCUUGGGAAAAAAUACGAACUCACUUACAUUAAUUUACAAUUUUGUCCAAAAGUCGCAAAACCCGAUUCAAUUGCGAUUUAUAAAAGUAUGGAUUAUGGUAAGACGUGGCAACCAUUCCAAUUCUACUCCGGGCAAUGUCGCAAAGUAUACGGAAGACCGAACCGAGCAACCAUCACCAAAUCUAACGAACAAGAAGCUUUAUGCACAGACUCGCACAGGUUUAACGGUGCCGGAUCAUCAGCAUCACGUGUCGCGUUCAGUACUUUGGAAGGCCGCCCGAGUGCCAUCGAUUUUGAUAACAGUCCCGUUCUUCAAGAUUGGGUGACCGCCACCGAUGUGAAAAUCAUAUUCAAUCGUUUGCAUUUUCCCACGGACCCGCUUAUGACCUCAACUACUACGACUACUACUACCACUACCAACACAGUCGAUUCAAAGUUGGAUUCUGACGAGACCGUUUUAAAUGGCAAUAAAACUAGUGCUGAUAUGCUUAUGUUAAACCCGGACCAAGAACUGCAAGGACAAGAACCCGAAAAAACGACCAUAGCUCCGAUUGUGACAACGAUAUCUGCCGCAGCUGGCCGUACGUACCAUUAUGCCGUAUCGGACUUAUCGGUAGGCGGCCGUUGUAAAUGCAAUGGCCACGCGUCUAAAUGUAUACCAUCUGGCCAGGGAGGAACUCUGGUAUGUGACUGUAAGCACAAUACUUCUGGACGCGACUGUGACCGAUGCAAACCAUUCCAUUUUGAUAGACCUUGGGCAAGAGCAACGGUUAGAGAUCCCAACGAAUGCAAACCGUGUAAUUGCAACGAGCAUGCCAAGAGGUGCCGGUUCGACAUGGAGCUGUACAAACUGUCAGGCCGGGUAAGCGGCGGUGUGUGUCUUAAGUGCAGACACUUCACGGCUGGUAGAUAUUGUCAUUACUGCAAAGAAGGGUACUAUAGAGAUCCUACUAAGCCCAUAACUCAUCGGAAGGCCUGCAAAGCGUGCGAUUGUCAUCCCAUUGGUGCUUCCGGAAAAACAUGUAAUCAAACCAGUGGCCAAUGUCCAUGCAAAGAUGGUGUUACCGGAAUUACAUGUAACAGAUGUGCUAAAGGAUAUCAACAGAGCAGAUCACACAUAGCACCAUGCAUAAAAGUACCAUCGAAAAUUUCGGUUAAUCAGAUGUCAGCUGAUGCUCGUGCCGGAGGUGGAGGUGACGAAGGUGACUACGAAGAUGAAGAUGAUCAUCGAGAGCAAUGUGGAAAGUGUCGUUCGGGAUCUAGAAGAUUGAAUCUCAACAAAUACUGUCGUAGAGAUUAUGCUAUACUAGGUAAAAUGUCUGAACCGACAAUUGUGAAAAAUUGGGCUAAAUUUACAAUUAACAUACAGUCUUUGUAUAAGCGCGGUGCGGACUCAAGAAUUCAUAGGGGACCCACUACAUUGUGGAUACACGAAUCAGAUCUUGCAUGCAAAUGUCCUAAAAUCAAAACAGGAAGACUUUAUCUAAUACUGGGCAAAGAAAAUGAAGGCGAUCGUCGUGACGGACUGGUAUUAACACAACGGUCAAUUGUCAUAGAAUGGCGAGAUGAAUGGCAUAAUCGCAUGAGAAGAUUCCAAAGACGAGCCCAACAAUGCGAUUAAAUAUAUUAUUAGAAAAAAAACUGAUUAUUCAUUUACCCUCCCUAAAGAGUCUUCCCGUUUUAUUUACCUAUUCAACAAUUUAUUUCUAGAUAUUUUACUGGGUCCCGUAAAUAAAAUAUAUACCACUAUAAAAAUGCUUGUAAUAAGAACCUAUUACGCGCACAUGUAUUACUAUUUUUAAUAUUUAAGUCAUUUAGAUGCUGAACUUAUAAACGUUUUGUAAGUCUGUAGAGUGGAUUAAUUAUUAUUACUGUAGUAGAGUGCGAUUUUGUAUAGCAAUAAUAAUAAUAAUAAUAAUAAUAAUAAUUCAUUAUAGAAUUGUUUUAUACCAAAACAUAUAUUAUUGAAAGUUAUAUAUCUAAAUUUAUAGAAAUAUAAAUUAAAAAAACAUUCAUUUGCUUACACAAAAUAUAACUAAUUGUAGAAAGUUGUGCUAGAUCAUAAUCUUUAUAAGAUUUUAAUUGCUAUAUAUGCCUAUAUAAACUUGAAAAAUAAUUUUCUAUUAAUAAGUCAUUUAACUAGAUUUUGAUGUUUUAUAAUCAAAUAUUUACUGUGUCAAAUAAUUUAUUAUUCUAAUAUAUUACUUAUAUAGAUAACAUUGAUAUUUAUACUACUAUUCAAUCAAUACUCUAUUGUUAAAUACCUAUGUGAUUGGUACAUAUAUAAUAAUAAAUAUCAGAUUUCUAUACUCUAAUAAUGUCCAAACUUUAAUUUAUAUAUUUAUAAGGCACUUUGAUUUUUGAAUAAACAUUUUUUUUAUUAUACUUUGUUUUUCCUGCGUGUUUGAUACUACUUGUAAA